GUUGUUGUGGUUUCAUUCAUAAAAUGACAGUUAGACAGUCCAAACAUUCGUUGUGCUCCCAUCAUUAACAGUAACAGAAAAUAUGGAUUUGAAAUAUUUUAUAUUCCUGCUGCUAUUGAACAGGAGUUCAGACGCGGAGGAUACAGAGGUUUACAAGAUGAGUGACAGAGUGUUCACGUGCAGCAAAUGGCUUUCGUCUGUCAUUGACAACUUCUGUAACAAAGUCUUCAAGAUUGUUAAGAGAGACGCUUCCUCACUCAUUGAUAAAAUAACUCCAAAGGAUUUACGUAAACAUCAGAAUAAACAAAGAUGGCGCGUGAGGAGACAAGUCGCAAGUGAGUGUUGUGAGAGACCGUGUACUGUCGGUAACAUUAUAAUGUACUGUCCCGAUGACGCCAAACUGUUAAUAGAAGAUCCUGAUAUAUUCGAUUAGGACAUUUAAAAAACAUUAAGAGCACAACUUUUAAAUUAUUUCACACCCUUUUUUUGUAUUCCACAAUAAAAAUUCUAUCACAAGGUCGGUAGAGCCCAAAUUACGUUCGGAAAUAUUGAAUUUUAAAUUUGAUGUAAAUGAUUGUCUUAGUAUUUAAACGCAACGUGUUGUUUUUGAUAUAUUUUCGUAAUGGGCUCACUAAUCCGUCCCAGAAUAUUAAAGCGUCACAAUAUUGUAAAUAUGGAUUUUUUAGUAUUAUUAUUUAUACUAUAAAAAUAUUUAAAUUUAAUAAAU